AUGGAAAAAACGGAGACGAACACCAACAAGGGUGCAGGGAAGUGGAGGAAAGGGGGCAUGUCAAUAAUUACCAACAUGAUUCACAACGUCAAGAAUUUAUUCCCCCAGAAUAAUCUGCAGUAUACCUACGUAAACACAUUUACGUUGUGUCUGUUUUUUACCUUUAUACAUAAGUACCUGGACCAGACUCUGCCCUCCUUGUACAAGUCCAUUGAAAAUGACUUCAACAUUGAUGUGAAAACUUUGUACUACGUGAACACCAUGUACAAGUUGGCGUACUCUGCCUUCAAUUUUUUUUUUGCGCUUUUUUUCGAUUACUCCUUUAAGAAGAUAUUUUUGGUGAAGUAUGAGAAGGCCUGCGUGGGGGAGAACAGCGUCAGCACGAGUGGCAGCGCCAAUGAGGAGAGAAGUGACCGCGUCAAGGAGGACAGGGUUGGAGGUGUGGAUAGCGGUGUGAGUGAUACCCAGUACGAAAUACAAUUCAAGGGGGAGAGCGCGCAGGAAGGGGCGAAGGAGAGCAGCACAAACAAAGCGCCCUGUGUAAACAGCGGUGUGAACGCAGUGGAAGAAGAAAAAACAACUAAUGAGGAAAAAAAGAAACAUAAUAGCACGUACGUCAGCGACGAAGUCAUAUGGGGUGAAUACAGAUACACACUGAACAUUCUAUUGGUCUCUUCCAUCGUCUACGUGGUAGUCAUUUUUGGUAUCAUGCUGUCAAAUAAUUUCCUGUACUUUUUUUUUUUUAUGUUUAUUAUGGGGAUCAACAACUCAUGUAUAUACAUCUUGAUUCAGAAAAUUUACACCAACAAUGUUUUUAGUGAAAACCGAAGUACCAUUUUUGGCUUCCUUCAUUUUUUCUCCUCCAUUUCGCACAUGCUGUCCAUUUCGAUAAACACCAACCUGAGCAAUAAGUUCUACUUGGGGUUUAAUGGGUGGCGAAUAUGUUACUUCGUAAUAUCCUUCUUUCCGAUCCUCGUCUGUAUAUACCUGCUAAGAUUAAUCAAGCAAAAAAAAUUCCAACGCAGCAGAAGCAAAAACUACAGCUUCAGUUACUUGGUCUCCUUCGACAACAUGACGGAUGUCUGUCAGGAGAGCGAGAAGGAGGAAAAUUACUGCAAGGGGAAAAACAACAAAUUGGAGGAUCUCCAGGGUGCAAGUAAGGAAAGGCCAAACGAAAGGACAGAGGAGAAGAAAAAGAAGAAGAAGAAAGAGGAGGAAGAAAUUUUACUUUUUAACGAAGAGAAGGGUAAACAGUCCAUGAAGGGCAAUUGUGGAGAGGCCAGGGAAGAGGUGGAACAGGGGGAUCGUCACGUACCCCUUGGAACGAGCAAAAGUUACGACAGCAAGUAUGUGUUACAUAAUUCGAGCAAGUUGGGUGUAAGGCACAGCGCAAGCACGAAUGAUGAUUUGAACACCAUUAGUUUAAUAUCGACCGGCGAGAGGAUGAACAGUAAUCUUAUUAAGCGAUCCUUUUGCCACAUGGCUUCGAAGAAGGGGAGUUCCCUGAAGGGUAGCGCACUAAAUGUAGGAGCCAAUAGGAGUAGCAGCGGGGAAAGUGCAGUUAGCGGGGAGGGAGACUGUACCACUGUGGGAAAGAAUCAUACGAAAGACGCGAAGAAGAAAAAAAACUCGCUGGAAGAUGAUGCAAAUGAAAUCACAAAAAAGGGAACAAACUCCUCCUCGUCCUCCUCCAUUUUUGCAAAGCGAAAUGAAGAAAGAGAAAAGUAUGAACACAGAGAAGAAUUGGACAAUCUACUAGAAGAAGACGAAAAGGAAAAAGAUAAAAAGUUGAAGUAUGAAUUUUCAUACCUAUACGAAAUUAAAUACGUUUUUAAAAAUUACAGUUUUUGGCUAAUGAUCACCAUGGGAAUGUUAAAUGGAAUCCCCAAACAUGUCCUCAGCUUAAUGAUUUAUUUUUUUCAGUACUGUAAUAUAUCGGAUUUCCGAAGUGGCCUAAUCAUAUCCUUAAGUUGGCUUUGUGCGAGUUUAAUUUCUCCCUUCAUUGGGAUUAUCAGCGACUAUAUUUAUAAAUUGAACAAAGACAUAAAUCGGCAAAGGAUAGGAAUGUGUACGCACUGCUUACGGAUCAUUUUAAUGUUCACGAUGUUUUUUUUUGUGCCCAAGGAAGCGGAUUCUUUUAUGUACUUUGUUAUAAUUUCUCUCUUUAUGGGUAUUUUAAGUGGGUGGAUAAAUAUAGGCACACAUAAACCCAUCAUAAUUGACAUUGUCAAACAGAGACACACUGCUUUCGUCAUGGCGUUGAUGAGCGCUUUCGAGAACAUUGGGUCUUCCAUCAUUGGCACUUUUUUUCUCUCUUUCCUUCUCAACCGAUAUAAUUAUAUCGACAAGAGGAAGGUCAACAACGUGCACGUGAAUGUGAACAAGCACAAUGUCCACGUUUUGUCCAACGUCUUGUUAAUCCUGACGUGCUUCCCAUGGUUAAUAUCCUUCUGCCUCCUCUACGUGCUCAAGUUUACCUACAAGAAGGAUAAGCUGUACAACAAUUUGUUUUAG